CGAAGGUUUCCUUGUUUUGCAGAGAGGAGGGUGAGGAUGGUCUGCUACAGUAUUGGGGGCUGUUGUUUUCUCUUUCCCCUGAUUUUUUUUUCUUUUGCCGCUUGUGUAGAUUAUUUUAAGUGAGCGCCGUUCUUCCUUCUUACCCUGCCUCCUCGGGGUGUUGCAGCCCUCUCCCCUCUCGCCGUUUCCCGGCUGCUGCAGCCUUUGCAUCUCACCCGACCCCCACUGGGUCAUAAUCAUCCGUCCUUCCUGCGGAUUUCUCCCGCUCUCGGAGCCCCUGGGUUGUAAGUCUCUUCUUCCCGCCAGGUACCGUUCUUCCUCCUCGGCCGCCCCCGGAAUCAGCCCCGUUGGCAGCUUCAUGGAGUUCCCAGAUCUGGGAGCGCACUGCACGGAGCCCUCCUGCAAGCGCCUGGACUUCCUCCCCUUGAAAUGUGAUGCUUGUGAACAGCUAUUCUGCACUGACCAUAUUGCCUAUGCUCAUCAUAACUGCACUUCAGCUUACAAGAAGGAUGUGCAAGUUCCUGUGUGUCCAUUGUGCAGCACACCUAUCCCUGUGAAGCGAGGAGAAAUGCCUGAUAUUGUGGUGGGAGCCCACAUUGAUCAGGACUGCAAAUCAGACCCAGCUCAGCGUAAGAGAAAGAUUUUCACCAACAAGUGUCAGCGUCCUGGCUGCAAACAACGGGAAAUGAUGAAGGUCCUCUGUGACCAAUGUCAUGGCAACUUCUGCCUCAAACACCGGCACCCCCUGGACCAUGACUGCAGUGGGACUGGGCGUUCACUCUCCAAAGCUGGGAAUGCUGCCAUAGCGAGGGCUCAAAAGUCUGCCAAAGAACCUGUAGGCACUACAUCUAGCAAUGCAGCCAUGAGAUCUCUUGUCAGCCGACCAACCUCCAGCAGAGCAAGUGAGACGGUAAGAACACCUCAGCCACAAAACACAGCUGUACCUGUUGUUGCUCUGCAGAACGGUUUGAGUGAAGAAGAAGCGUUACAGCGAGCGUUGGAGAUGUCUCUGGCAGAAACGGUGCCCAUCCAACCACAACACCACAGCACCCAGGAGGAGGAGGAUCUGGCACUGGCUCGAGCACUUUCGGCUAGUGAAGAGGAAUAUCAACAGCAGCAGCUACGGCAACAAGCUCGAAGCACAAAGCCAUCUAAUUGCUGCCUAUCCUGAGCAUCGCAAGAAUCAUUUGAUCUGGAAAUCAUCUGUGGCCAUUCCGGUGCUUCCUUUAUUCCUGCUGUUUUACCUCUGGGGCAUUCUCAGAAGUACUAGCAAUGAACCAAAGACUGAAUCCCUACCCAGACCUUGCAGAGUCUCUUUGGCACGCAAUGCCUGUCACUUGCACUAAGAUUGUGUCUAUACCUUCUGGGAAAGACAGCAUUUCUCCCACUGGAUAGGGCAGCAGUAAUUAGGGGAUAAUGCUCCCCAAUCCCCAAUCCUUUGGUAAUCAGCUUCCAGUGAUGGCUGCGCUGGGAUGUUUCAAGGCUGAGGAUGAAGGACUUACUGCCUUCCUCCUGUCUGCUUUGGCCUGUGGCAGUCCCACAUUUGGACAGUAGGUGAUGCUAAAUACUUUCAGAGGAGGGACUUUCCCUACCUCUUCCUGCUGGGCUACUUCUAGCAAGAUCAGGAGGAGAUGUCUCCGGAUAGCUACUCUUUUGAAGUUUCCAUAUCAAAUAAAUGUCUUAGCUGCUAGUGCUGCAGGAGUAGCUACAACAUUCAAAGAAUGCCAUGUAGAGUUGGGAUUCCUGAGAUUAGCAUAGCAAGGAAAGGAACCACUUCUGGGGUCUGAUCCAUGUAAUCCUUUCCUUGCUGGAAAUUGGCAGCCGAAUCUUCUCGUUUUGAGUGUCUUGAAUAAGACUGUUACUGCCAGCCCCUUGCCAGAACUCUGACACUCAGCACCCUCUGAGAAAACCAGCCAAAGAUCAGCCUUGAAGAAAUGAGUAACCAACUUUACACUUCCAGAAGAUAGCCAGCCGCUUUAGAUUGCAUGGUACCGAGCUGCCUGGCCCCAGGUGACUUCCAUGCUUCAGUGAGC